AUGAACUUGGUCCACAGACACAGGCUGCAGUUAGUUGGAUUUGUGCUGUCUGUACUAGGAUGGAUUUUAACUGGUACCUGUAACUAUUUACCAGACUGGAAAAAUCGCAACUUAGACUUAAACAUACUGGAGCUUUGGACCAUGGGACUCUGGCAAACCUGUAUAGUCCAAGAUGUAGGAGGAACACAGUGUAAAGACUUUGAUUCUUUCCUAGCUUUGCCUCUGGAAUUCAAGAUUUCCAGGAUUUUAGUAUCUACAUCAAAUGGACUAGGACUUCUGAGCCUUGUGAUCUCUAGUCUUGGUUUGGACUGCCUAAAGAUGGAGGAUAUAGACCAGAAGCUAAAGAGACAGCUGCUACUCCUUGGAGGAAUACUCUUGUGGAUGGCUGGAAUUCUGGCCUUAGUCCCUGUUUCUUGGGUUGCCCAUACGAUAAUCCAGGAAUUUUGGGAUGAAGACAUCCCAGAGAUUGUGCCCAGAUGGGAACUGGGGGAUGCACUGUUCAGUGGUUGGUUUGGUGGAUUUUUUAUAAUUCUAGGAGGAUCUCUACUCCUCUCCACGCUCUUCUUGUCAUCUGACCAUCACUUACCAGAGCAGUAUGCAAUGGCAGAUAUGCAAGACACCCAUCAACAUCUGGAAAUUGGGAAUAGAAGACUUUAA